AUGGAACAAUUUGAGGAUGUUAAUGAACGUGAACAGCGUUUUCACCAGUUCAUCCGUCAACAUAUCAUUUGUAUGUUAUUGUUUAUAUGCUUAUACCUUAUUUCGUAUUCAAUCAUUCGCCUAUUGAAAGAGCGAAGCGAUAAUGAUGAAUUGUACGCCGGUGGCGAGGAUUUUUUUGUUUUUCGUGUUUCUUUAUGGAUGUGUACAUGGUCUUUAGCAGUAUCGAUGGGAGCUGCUACACUGCUGCCGUUUUCAGUGAUUGGAUCUGAAAUAAUACAGGCCUAUCCAGGGAGUUACUAUUUCCAAUGGUUGAAUUGGCCUCUGAUUCAUUCACUUUGGAAUUAUAUUUUUGCUUUAAGCAACCUGUCGUUGUUUAUACUUCUUCCGUUUGCUUAUUUUUUCAUUGAAUCUCAAGGAUUUAAAGGUCAUGGAAAGGGCAUAAUGACUCGAGUAUAUGAAACGGUUGCCGUCUGCAUACUUCUUAUUAUCGUUUUAAUAUGCUUGGCUGACGUAAUAUACUCUCUCUUUCUCACAGAGAGUGCUUCAAUUUCAUUAUCCAUACUCAGUUUCACAUCUGUUAAUUUGCCAUUUCUAUAUUCAUGUGUAUCCUUAUUUGGAGUGCUGACGUUGCUGAUCACAGCUCCCAUAGGAUUAGCAAGGAUGUUCUCGGUAGUAUCAAAUCAUUUGCUUGCAACAGACUAUAAUAAAAUCAUCGAUCCGUUAGAGGAAACGGUUUUUCGAUUAGAAUACCAAACUCUUAAAAGACGAUUGCGACGAAACAAUCAGGGGGAUGUAUCACUUCCAGACCCAUUUCUGCCACAGAAGCCGCUUCGUGGUUAUCAGGUUGUGUUGCAAACGGUGAAGUAUGUGUCUGCGAUCGUUGUCUUGCUCCUCUUAACUACAGUCACUGUGCUUAUGGUAUUGAUCAAUACGCUGCAAUUGCUAUUCGGGUUUCGGGCAUUACCCGUAUACGCGCAAUACAUGGAAGUAAAUUCACGUCAUACAUUAGGCAUUUUUGGAGCUAUCGUUGAAGUUAUCAUAAUUUGGUAUAUAAUGGUUGCUGCAAUGAUUGGAGUUUAUUCAGUGCCACUGUUACGGCGAAUUCGACCUGAGUUACAUAAGACAUCGAUGACACGUGUGAUUGCAAAUUGCACAACUGUUUUAGUACUUAGUUCUGCACUUCCGGUUCUUGCACGAACCCUUGGAAUCACGACAUUCGAUUUGGUAGGAGCGUACGGCAGUUUUAUGUGGUUAUCCAAUUUUACACUGGUUUGGACAUAUAACGUUGCAUUUGCCUUUGCGACAGUUUCUUGUUUGUUGAAUCAUUUUACUACGCCAGUUAGAAGGGAAAUGAUCCAGAGGAUUCGUGAUCUGUCUUAUCGGAUAAAGGCAAUUGAAACUAUUGAAAAAAUGGAUUAA